AUGGUGCUGCUGCUGGUCAUCCUCAUCCCGGUGCUGGUCAGCUCGGCCGGCACCUCGGCGCACUACGAGAUGCUGGGCACCUGCCGCAUGGUCUGCGACCCCUACGGCGGCACCAAGGCGCCCAGCACGGCGGCCACGCCCGACCGCGGCCUCAUGCAGUCCCUGCCCACCUUCAUCCAGGGGCCCAAGGGGGAGGCCGGCCGGCCGGGCAAAGCGGGGCCCCGCGGCCCCCCGGGGGAGCCGGGGCCGCCCGGCCCGGUGGGGCCGCCGGGUGAGAAGGGCGAGCCGGGGCGGCAGGGCCUGCCGGGCCCCCCCGGGGCGCCGGGGCUGAACGCGGCGGGGGCCAUCAGCGCCGCCACCUACAGCACCGUCCCCAAGAUCGCCUUCUACGCCGGCCUCAAGCGGCAGCACGAGGGCUACGAGGUGCUCAAGUUCGACGACGUGGUCACCAACCUGGGCAACCACUACGACCCCACCACCGGCAAGUUCACCUGCUCCAUCCCCGGCAUCUACUUCUUCACCUACCAUGUGCUCAUGCGGGGCGGCGACGGCACCAGCAUGUGGGCCGACCUCUGCAAGAACAACCAGGUUCGAGCUAGUGCGAUUGCUCAGGAUGCUGAUCAGAACUACGACUAUGCCAGUAACAGCGUGGUUCUUCAUUUGGAGCCAGGAGACGAAGUUUACAUUAAAUUAGAUGGAGGAAAAGCACAUGGAGGGAACAACAACAAAUACAGCACAUUUUCUGGAUUUAUUAUUUAUGCCGACUGA